CUCAUUGAAGAAGUAACAUAGGAAAGCUUUCGUAGCCGUCAGAUCAACCAGACAAAACGUCAUAUCGAGACAAAAACUUUCGACGGAGCAGAUUCUACAGAUACAAUACACACGGUUUCACUGGAUUUCGCCCCUCUCUCUUUAAACAAAAUUAAAUAAUAUCAGAAGACACGUUCUUCUUCUUACGAAACCGACUUUGUAGUUUCUUCUUUUUUUCCAUUACACAAAAACGAAAAAACGACAACACAAAAACAAAUAACAAAAUCUUUUAAAUAAAAAAUAAAUCGACUCUCGUGUUUGUUUAACUUCUUGUUUAUUUUUCUUAGAGGUUAAUUAAUUUCUUCUCUACAUGAACGAUCCAAUGGGAGAAACAGGAUUUUCUAGAGAAUCGGCGCCGGAGAUCGUGUUCUCGGAGACGGAUAUGGCUGCGGCUGAGCAGCUUAUGCAUCUAAGCGAAGAAGAAACGGUUAGCUGUAGCAGCAGCACCGGCGGAGAUUGCGGUGGCGGAGGCGGAGACAAGAUAAAGCAUGAAUAUGUUAGCUCGAGAAUCGGAAACGAGCUAAACGACGGCGUACGAGGAAACUCUAUUCUUGGCGUGGAGAAGAAGAGGAAGAGGACGGUGAUGAAGGAAAAGAAGUUUCGAUCUCUUGAGAGUAUUUACAAAGGGACGAAGGAGAUUAGGGAUUAAUGGAGGAAAGGGAUCGGAGAGAUGGUUAAUUAUAUAUCGUUUGUUAAUUACUUUUGUUAAUCGAUGUUAGUAACCUCUUCAAUGGUUUUUUUGGUGUGUGUGUAUAUUUCUAGUCCUUGCUUAAUUUAACGUUGGAGCUGAAAAUUUGUGAUAAUAGUUUUUGGAGAUUUUCAGAUGAAAUCUGUAAAUAUUUUGGUUCUCAUAUAUAUUAGACGUGAUGCUGUUUUUUGUUUUUCCCUAGUCACUUCGUUGCAAAAAUUAACAAUUUUACUUUGGU